AUGGCGUCUCCGAUGAUCGACGGCCGGGUCGAACCGCACCGCAAGGCGACGUACACGCUGGACGUCAGCGGGGCAAUCCGCAAAGAGGACAGAGGGAGCGGGUUCAGCAGUGUGAAGUACAACCACAAGCCCGCCCUCGCGAGCGGCACCCGCAGCACGACGCUCCGGCGCUCGACAGCAAGCACGUGCAAUCUGUCUCUGCGCGACGGCGACGAGCAUGGCGACGGCGACAGCGACGUGUUCGUCUUCAACGGCAGCCGCACCGCGCCCACCACGUCGUACGUGCUGCUCUUCGACCCAACGACGCAGAGGGCGACGCUCGAGCGCCUGGACAGCAGCUACACCUUCAACCUGUCCACGCACAACGGCGCCGACGUCUCCUCGCAGCACGUGACCAUCUACCCCAAGAAGCCGCACAAGGACAGCCUGCACGACAGAGACGCGGGCGAGCACGACCUCUUCGGCGAGACGCAGGAGCGCGGCGACGAAGGCCUGGAGCCCGAGCCCGGCAAUCCCUACGACUUCCGCCACUUCCUGCACGCGGUGAAGAGCGCGAAGGAGGCCGGAGAGGCUGGAUACGCGAGCAGUCCCGACGCCCGCUCCACACACACCGCGACCCAUGUCCUGCCUGCGCGCCGGGCCGUGGACCCGCUGGCCAAGAGGCGCAAGGCGGCGAGUGUGUUUGCAAAGAAGCCCGCUGCCAAGGGCGGAGUGAAGAAGGGGGUGCCGAGCGUGAAGCUGGAGCGGAGAGCCUCCGAGCGUCCUGCAUCGACUUCCACCUCUACUUCCACCUCCGCCGCAAAAGCAAAGCCGUCUGCAUCGAAACCCUCGGCCCCAGCGCCCUCGGCCAGCAAGAUCAAGAGCGCGGAAUUCAUCGCCUCGAGCGACGAGAGCGACGGCGAUGGCGACGUCGAUACGACCCACAACGACAACGACGACAUGGACAUUGACGCAGAAGGCGAACCAGACUCGGCGUUCCCAAGCCCACACCCGCACCCGCCUCGCCACCACAGCCCCUCUUCCUCGGAAGACGCCGACGCCGACACCGACGCCGACGCAGAAGGCGAAGAAGAAGACGACGACGAUGACGACGACGACGAUGGCGGACUCGAAAUCCAAGUCCCCGACCCUCGUCCCGCGCACAGAAGAAACGCACACCUGGGCCUGGCAACGCACCGCGGCGCGACGAGUCCCAGUAACGGCCCGAUCAGUCUCGCGAGCGCCGCGAACAGUGUGCAGAACACGCCUAGACGCGGGGCCAGAGAGGAGGACGAGGAGAUUGAUUUUGGGGAGUUGGACACCAAUAUCGAGGGUGAUGAUAACAGUGAUGGUGAUGGUGAUGCCGACGCUGACGCAGAGGGCAGGAGAGGUGGCAACGUCGCGGGUACCGGUGCUGCUGCCAAGGCGGAGGAGGUGGAUGAGGAUGAUCCGCUGUAUAUGGAGAUGAUGGAGGGCUUGGCGGGCGCCGAGACCAGCGAGGAGAGUGAGGAGGAGUAG